CAUGCGGAGCGGUUGAGUCAGUCAGUCAGCUGAGGGAGGAACUCCGAUAACAGAAAGUCAACCAGGAAACAGAAGCUGCUAAACAGACCCACUGCUCCGGUGUGACGGCCAAACGGCGGUAAUAACAGUAGAAAUCACACCGUAUAUCGGUACAGGAUUUGUAUUUGGUAUUUAAGGUGAUACAAAGCAGCGGCAUGGCUUCGCUUUUCAAGAAGAAGACUGUAGAUGACAUCAUCAGGGAACAGUCUAAGGAGCUGCGUGGCACUCAGAGACAAAUCACCAGGGACAGAGCAGCACUGGAGAAACAAGAGAAACAAAUGGAGGCAGAAAUUAAGAAAAUGGCUAAGAGUGGUAACAGGGAGGCAUGCAAGAUUCUCGCCAAGCAGUUGGUCCAGCUGAGGAAGCAGAAGAACCGCACGUACGCCGUCAGUUCCAAAGUCACCUCCAUGUCUACGCAGACAAAGGUCAUGAACUCCCAAAUGAAGAUGGCUGGCGCCAUGUCCACCACAGCCAAGACAAUGCAAGCAGUGAAUAAGAAGAUGGAUCCACAGAAAACCCUGAAGACCAUGCAAGACUUCCAGAAGGAGAACAUGAAGAUGGGCAUGACUGAGGACAUGAUCAACGACACUUUGGAUGACAUCUUUGAUGAGUCUGGCGAUGAAGAGGAAUCUCAGGACAUUGUCAACCAGGUUCUGGAUGAGAUCGGCAUUGAGAUCUCAGGAAAGAUGGUGAGAGCUCCAGCUGCAGGAAAGAGUCUCCCCAGUGCUGCAUCCUCCAAACAAGCCACCAUCUCUGAUGAGGAUAUCGAGAGGCAGCUCCGAGCUCUGGGAGUGGACUAAAUGUCUCCUUUGUAUUAAUGUUCAUUAAUACUGAUUGACACAGACUGUUCUAGAUCCACUGGUUUUGUUCAGAUGCUACGGAUGUAUCAAUGAGUACACACACACACACACACACACACACACACACACACACACACACACACACACACACACACUCUCACACUAAGACAUCUGAAGGAUUGCAGACAUAUAAAUUAUAUUAACACAUACAUAUUCAUAUGCUCCUCAGCAGGUUAUUAGGGCAGAACAUCUGAUCUAUUUACAAAAAUAUUUAUUAUGACCCUGGAGCAGCCUCAGCCUGAAGGUUUACCAAUAAUAGAGUUCUGCACCACCUACGCUGUUGUUUAUCACCCAUCUCUGUCUUAAUGGGUAAGGGCUACAGUGGAUGUGAACUGAAUUUUUCCAUCUGAUGUUUUGGUCGGGUUCGAGUUAUAUAAUCAUAUAAUCUGUCAGCUUGUACUUGACUGAAAAGUAACACUCCAGCAGGUGUUAAUGAGUAAAACAUGGUAAUUAAAAAGAGCUUAGAGGUUGUCAGAAACCAGAUGGAACGUGAAUUUUCCCUACUUACACUAUUUACCUGCUGUUAUUUGGUCCACUGGAUAAUCCAGUACCCAUCUGAUUCACUUCCUCUGAGGCGAAUGAUCCAUAUCUUAUAUGUAAUAAUAUCCCAGGAGUGUCAGAGAUGGGCUGCAGUCCUUUGCCAUGCGAGUGAAAGGGAGAAAAUCAGCAAUGUCACCACACAAGUGUAGCAACUGGGCAACUAGCUAAUAAAUUAUAGAUACUGGACUAAAGAUACUACCAUACAUACUGGAGAUGAUAUAACUCAGACAAACAUAUGCAUGUGAAACAUAUAACUGAUACUGAUGCCUUCGGGCGAGGACGAGCCCUUCACUUUCCUUCGAAAUAAUGCAUGAGAUAGCAUUUAAUUAGCACCACUGAAGAGUGAUGCCGCACGGAUUGUGUAAGAAAACUGAAUCAAACAUAAAUUAGGACUAAUGAAAGUCUGGCAUAUCAAAGAGUUUUGAAUCGAUUGUUGCUACUGAGUAAUCAAAAUACUUGCUUUUAAAUUGUUUGGGGUUGAGGUUUGCUAUCUGAUAGCAUGUGGCACAUUGGACAUGGGAUUUACACAGUGAUUGCAGGUUGGCACUGGUCCUGCAGUCCCUCUUCUCUUUCAGCUGCUGUGCAGUUACUGUCAUUUGUUGUUGUAAGAUGCCUCACUCACAAACACACACACGCACACACUACAGCAGCAAAAUGAUGGAAGCGAUGUUUGCUAAAAUGACACUGUGAUCCAAGAAAUGUCUUCUUCCUCAGAAGCUGAUUCUUCUAUACAGUGAUUUAUUCAUGUCAGCCAGCUCUAUGGGAGUGACUGAGACAUAACCUUAAGUCUUUGUCUUUCUCUCCUGUUGGCCUCUUUUUUCCCAUAUUGAUUCCCAAUGCCAAAACAAAUUGAAAAUGUUUUCAUUCUACCAUAUGUCAGACAUGUUCAAUAAACACUCUGUUCAUAUUUUUUUUCUCUUUAUAAAUAAUUCUUUCCUGUAACUUUUAACAUUUGUGAGCAGAGACAAUGUGCGGCAAGUUUUGACAUUGUUUGAGUGCAGUUUCGUGGUUAGGAAACUUCCACCCUCUUUUAAAGGUGUAUACUCCUCUUUUUUCUUUAGACUUUGUAAAGUGACUCUGCAAAGGGUUUAUGGCUUUUAUAAGGAAUAAAGUUUCUUCAGGUACAA